GGGGGAGGCUAUGGACCGCGACCAUUCACUCGCAGCAUCCAUUCGGGACGCGCUGGAAAUAAUGCUCCGGCUACUUAUUUGCGCGCUACAACAAAAAGCACUUUGGCGUGUGUCAACCUCAACUAAUUGUUGCUUUCCAGACGAGAAUCGCUCCCUGCGGACUUGAAUUACAUCUCUGCAGCAUCCUUUUGCAGAGUGGCCUCUGCUGCCGAUUCCAUUUUUUUCUCUCCCUUUCCCCCCUUCCCAUUGCAUUUAAAGAGGGUGCCAUCGACGGAACCGGAGACUGGGCUCACAGAUCUGGACUCUCUCGUCCUGCACCAGCAUCCUGGACUAUAAACCAGAGGACGCUCUCAUUCAUAGAUGGAGUAAAUAAUUAGAGGGGAGGGAGGGGAAAAAAAAGCAAAGUUCUCCAAUUACGCACAAGCGGUUGUGUUUUUUCUUCUUCUAUUUUACGCGUGUGUUCGGGCUGAUUAUUAGAAGGGAUCCGGAGGGAUAAAGCUGGUGUGCAGAUGAGGAAUACGAAGUCGUGCUCGUCAGACGCGGCGCUGUUCACCUGGAAUACCUGAAGGCUCUCCAAUGACACGCAGCUGCAGCAACUUAUAAACACUGUUGCACGUUCCCAGGGCUGAUUUCUCGGCCCCCCGUGGCCCUAUAGCGUUCUAGAUUUAUGCUUCCUUUCACGUCGGAGCCUUCAGAAACUCGCAGCAGCUGAAUUACAUGUCCAGCACCACCAUCACCACCACCACUACCCCUCCUCCUCCUCCUCCUCCUCCCCUGGAUGAGGAUGCUGCCUUGAAGCGCAAUGAUGCCCGGGACUCGAAGGAUGUUCUGAUCAGAAUGACAUUUGGUUGAAACACUCCGAAGCACAGACUAAACGCUCCUUUAAAAAUAUAUAUUAUUAUUGUUUUUUUUUUUUUUUUUUUUUUUUUACUAUUCAUUUCGCGCGCUGAGAGGCUGCAUCAAGAUCCGACCUCUGCCGAACCAGACUUUCGUUUUUUUUUUAGACUCGGUUCGGGGAGAUGGCCGCGAUCGCCAGCUCCCUGAUCCGGCAGAAACGCCAGGCGAGGGAGUCCAACAGCGACCGAGUGUCGACUUCCAAACGCCGCCCCAGCCCCAGCAAAGACCCCCGCUCUCUGUGCGAGAGGCAUUUCUUGGGGGUCUUCAGCAAAGUCCGUUUCUGCAGCGGCAAGAAAAGACCCGUUCGGCGGCGACCAGAUGCACCCUCGAAACCUCCACAGGUGUCCCAUAAGGGCUGCAGGCUAGAGCCACAGCUGAAAGGCAUCGUGACACGACUGUUCAGCCAGCAGGGCUUCUACCUGCAGAUGCAGCCGGAUGGAACCAUCGACGGCAGCAAGGACGAGAACAGCGACAACACCCUGUUUAAUCUUAUCCCUGUGGGUCUGAGAGUGGUGGCCAUCCAGGGGGUGAAGAGUGGCUUCUACAUUGCCAUGAAUGGCGAGGGCAUGCUCUACAGCUCGGAGAUGUUCACGCCAGAGUGUAAGUUCAAAGAGUCGGUUUUCGAGAACUACUACGUGAUCUACUCGUCCACUGUGUACCGGCAGCAGGAGUCAGGACGGGCCUGGUUCCUUGGCCUCACCAAGGAGGGACAAGUCAUGAAGGGCAACCGGGUCAAGAAGACCAAGCCCUCCUCACACUUUGUGCCCAGGCCCAUUGAAGUUUGUAUGUACAGGGAGCCGUCACUGCAUGAGAUAGAGGACAAGCACCGCUCCAGGAAGAGCUCAGGGACUCCCACCAUGAACGGAGGGAAAGCUGUCAAUCAGGACUCCACAUAGCACCGGGGGGAGGGGCUUCCAGCGGGGGGGAGUGGCCUCAUCCUGACUCAGGGGAGGGGGCCAUAGGAAAACUCACCGCCCCCGCCCCCCAAUAUACGCACCACCAUGCCCUCUGACAAAACCAGAGGGUGUUGCGACGACAACAAGGAGCUAUUACUGUACACUCAAGACAACAAAAACUGAACUCUUGCCUGUGAAAACCUUUUAGAUGAAUUAAUAUGAAACCAGAGGAUAUAUAUGAAGAAAAUCAUUUUCAAUCAGGACUUGACCAACAUUUUAUGCAAAAAAAGAGAAAAAGCUGUGAUAAACAAACAAAGUAAUGGUGGUCUCCCUUCACACAAAUACGAAUAUCUGUCAUUUUCAAUUUAUGCUGUGAAAAACAAGCUUUAAUACGUGUUCAAUUUUCAUACACUGAGUUUUUUUUUUCUAAAUGCUAUUGCACUCUCAUAUGCUUUGUUGUGUUAUUGUUGUCAGUAAUAACUAUACCACCAUCAUCAGCAUCAUUAUAAUCAUCAUUACUAAUCCGUUUAUCUUAUCAUCCCAGUUACUAUCAUGGUUAUUCUGGCUUUCUUUUCGUUUUUGGGACUAAAAGAAAGUAUUUUUUUAAUUACUCAUGUUUUUUCUCUCACAGUUUGAUCUCGAAUGCACUGUCACACCACUUUAUUCUGGUGCGAGGGUAAAACAAAUGAAAGUAUCGAUUGCUCUCUAUGUUGGAGUCCAAUGGAAACAGAGUGCUAAGGGUAGGAUGUAAUUUACUCAGGUGUGUACUGUAAGUUAGACUAAUGUGACUAAUAGGACACAAACUCCCCUAUGUUGUCCUGCUACUGUGGCAGGACAGGACUGAUACAAGCAAUAUAAUAGAGAGCAGCCUAGCAAGUCUCUAAAUAAUACUAAUAACAGCUGACAAGACAUCGCCGUGGUCGGUGUGUUUGUCGGUAGAAAAGACUGACAAAGAAAGUUGCGUAAGUUGGUAAAAGUUGGAAUCAAAGGAAACCUGUUUUGAUAUAGCUUCUGUAUAAUCUUAACAUUUGCCAGGACUUUUAGGUUAAAAGUAAAGAGAUGUCCACACUUGUCAAAAGUGACAAAGAAAUAGUAUUCUCUCCAGAAGCUGAGAGGAAGAUAAUGACCAGCAUCAGCACUACGAGCCAUGGCCGAAAACGGUCACCUCACGUUUGCACCUCAAGAAACACAGACCCCUUUCUCUGCUGUUAGCUAUAACAACAACUCUCAAAAUAUAACUAUAUACCAGUAUUCAUGCUUUUGAACUAUACGGACAAAUCCUGAAAUAUUCUUUGAUUGAGGACUUCUGCUGUUUUUCUAAGCGAGAGAUAGAAAUGGGCAUUGUUUUGGCAGGCCUAGCAGCGGAGGGUUGUGUCGACUAAUUUCCAAGAAGUUCUACUGUUUCUGUUACUUUUAUUGUGAAAUCAUUAGUGGGUUUUCAACACUGGUGGACAGGGUGCCUGACUGUUUAAUAAACCACUGACCUGACGUGGAUACUUUCAA